AUGAGUGACGGCUGGUGGCGUCAUGGCCAGUCAGGCCUCCUAUGCCUAGAGAUGAAUGUAUACGGUGCCCGAGAGAAUGCGGCCACGGUUGGUGAUAUUUUAUCACAGUCGUCGAAGUUUCUACAGCCCCCUUUAUAUGGAAUGAAGGAUGUAGAAUAUCAGAACCCUCAAAUCCUCAAAAUAGCUGGCUAUGAGGAGGAGGACUUGGUCUUAACUCCAUCCCCUAAACCUGACGACAUGCAAACUCAUCAUACGCCCAGACAUGGAGACCAGGCCAUGCCGACGAGUGAUAGCGAGGCCGUUGACAACAUUUUUGAUUCAUUACUUCAUACUGUUCAUCAGGAAAUAUCUACUAUCCGUGGGAUCAUCAGCCCACUACUACCCCAUCAGGAAGAAGCUAUUGAUUUUGUAUACCAACGCGAAAGCGGCCAAGGGGAUUCUGAACUCGGUCUUUGGAAACUCAGAAAUGCGAAUUCGGAUAUACCUUAUUACCAACACGUCUUUACCGGAGCAAAACGGCCAGAGCCAGCCGAGGCCAAGAGUGGUAUAAUUGCUGAUGAAAUGGGACUGGGAAAAUCCCUCGUCAUCUUGUCCGUAAUCCUAAGCUCUCUUGGCCCGGCAGAGACAUUUGGUUCUGCUUUAGGGAACCAAGAAGCCCUUUCUCAAUCGUCGCAAAAGGUCCCUUCGAAGGCGACGCUCAUCGUGGUGCCCUCCUCUUUUGACAACUGGGUGGAUGAAAUUCGGAAGCACACUUCCACCGGAAUUCUCUCCUAUUACAGCCACCUGGGUCAGAAGAGAAAACACGAGAAGCACUUGCUUCGAGAAAGUGUCAUUGUCUUCACGACGUAUGCUACCGUGGCUGCCGAGUUUUGUCGUGGAGAUACUACUCUCGCGGAUCUCAACUGGUUUAGAAUUGUUCUAGAUGAAGCCCAUGAUAUACGAAAUCCAAAAACGAACCAAUUCCGAGCCGUUGCCAACCUUACAGCCGAACAUCGUUGGUGCCUUACGGGUACUCCCAUCCAAAACUCCCUGGAAGACCUUGGUGCAUUGGUCACCUUCCUUCGGAUCCCGAUUAUGAGCAAUACCAUGACGUUUCGGAAGUUUAUUACAAAUCCUAUAAUCUUGAACCCAACAGACCCGAAUCGCUUUCAAAAUCUACAAACGCUCCUACGGACCAUUUGCAUCAGAAGAACACGGCAAUUGAUAAAGUUACCAGAACCUGUUCAAUGUUACACGGAAGUAGCAUUCACUCCUGACGAAUAUCAGGACUACCAGAAACUCCUUGAACAAUGCAGCAUGGAAGUUGACUGGGCGGUAAGCAGGCGCCGAAAAAACCUUCUCAAGUCUGCGGUACUUGAGUCGCUUCUCAAGCUACGCUUGUUUUGCAACAAUGGCCGAGCAAAGCAUCUCUUACAAGUUGGGAAAACAGGGCUCCCUACAGACUUUGAUGUAGCUCUGGAAGCUCUUCGAUUGCAUGAUCUGGAUGUUUGUGGUUACUGCUCGAAACAAAUACACUCUGCCAGCGAUGUGGCUGAGACUGAGAGCGGGAUAUUCUUACCGAAGUGCUGUCACCUGGUCUGCUAUAACUGCAUCACUCACCAUCGAAAACAGAAGAACAAAUGUCCCAGCUGUGUUUCUGGAACGGAAUCACCCGCCAUGGCCUUUUCGUUAACUGCAAAUUCACAGGUUCCUCCGGGGGGAAGAAGUCAUGAUACGCCAAUUUCUGAGCCAUAUCAAUACCCAUCUAAAUUAUUGAGACUUCUAGAUGAUAUCCGUCAAGAUCUGUCGCAAAAGUGUAUUGUCUUUUCGUCUUGGAAGAAGACUCUCGUCUUAAUAACGCAGCUUCUUCAAAUGAACGGGAUAAACCAUGAGAUGAUCGAUGGAUCGAAGCCAUUAGCCGCACGGCUCAAAAUCCUGAGCAAUUUUCGCUCUCCUAUUGGCGCCAACGUUUUGUUGAUGACGCUGGGGACAGGUGCAGUGGGGUUGAACUUGGCAGUAGCUUCACGUGUGUAUUUGAUGGAGCCUCAAUGGAACCCAUCUAUCGAGUCUCAAGCUAUUGGAAGAGCACUUCGGCUCGGCCAGACUGCUCAAGUUAACGUUACCCGAUAUAUUAUGGUUAAUAGUAUUGAGGGGAAAAAUGUUUGGUCUAGUCAAAGAGGAAAGAUUGCCCUAGCUGGUGGUGGGUUUGGAGCAGCAAGACAUAGCCAACCUGAGAGAUUCCAAGAACUGUUGGGUGUGUUUGGCGUCGAUCCGGCUCGGGUGUGA